CGGCGACGCGCUGUCCUGUGGACGUCUUUUGGUAGAAGAGUGAAUCAUUCCUCUUUUAUUUAUGAAAAGAGAAAAAACAAAGUUUAGCAAGUUUUUAUAAUGUGAUCCUUUGUUUGAUAAAAGUGAAUGGUUCGUGAUUUAUAUGACUCAGUGCAUUCUAAGUAACAUCUUUAGCAGUGUAAUUUUAAAAUUAUUUAAAAGUUUUUUUGUUUUUGUAAUCAUCAGCAGUAUUUAAUUACUUUCGACAGUAAUUUACUUAUCUCUUAGGUAAAAAACCUAAGAAAUAAAGUGCACAUUUAAAAAUCCAUUAAAAAAAUUAUAGGAAAAUUGCAACGACUGGAAAAAGGGGUUGCAAGGCACGUGUCGUAGAAAGCAUGCUAGGUGUUCGUAAUUAUUUUCGAAGGCCAAUCGACGUACCGGAAAAAACUGAGACAAAGGGAUUUAAAGUUACAAAUGCAUCUCGAACGAGGAAAGUUGGAAUUGCCUGCCGCAGUUUGGAGGAGCUUAAGGAAAAGGCUUCUAUCAAAUUAAAAAUUUCGGAAAAGCUGGAAGAUAUUAGUGUUUUUUUGCUUGACGGAUCCGAGAUAGACAACGAAUAUUUCCUGACUUUAAAGCCGCAAACCAUACUAAUUGUGCAUAAACCAGGAGAAAGAGUAAAAACUGAUGCAGAUUUGCUUUACGAAACACUGCGAAGAGUGAAUGUCGAAUUUCUCACGACUGGCGAUCAGAUAACAAAGUUCCUCUCUGAUAACCUUAAAGCAAAGAUAGCAAUUUUAAAUGGUAUUUUAAAUAAGGAUGAUUCCAAGACUUAUUUUAGUUCCCGGACUGAUCAUCCAGAAUGGUUUCGAGGAUUGGGUCCCAAUUUUACCUCUAAAGAAGCAUAUAUGCAUCGUAGAUGUCAGGACAGAAUGAGAGGCUAUCUUUUCAAGGCAGAGGAACAAAUUAAAUCUUCGGAAAUUUUUACUACCAAUCGAAGAGCUAGGCAGAAUUUAUUGCGAGCUAUAGCCUUUUUCAGGUUACAACUCAAAGAAGACCAUUACAAUGGUCAUUACUUUGACAGAAGUAAAGUUAAUAAAGUUAAAAUUGAGAAUGAAAAUGCAAAUGCAAAUGAAGGUGAAAAUGAGACGGAUGAGACUGACAGUGCCUCUAAUUCCUGUUACGACCACUGUCCCUGCAAAUUGAACACCACCGAUUACCUCAGUUUCUUUGAAAUAGAAUCUGAUCAAGUAGAUGCUAAGAGGAUAAAACAGGUUGACGAGGAGGAUCUUCAGUGGUACUAUAAAAUCACUCCAAGCAAGGAAAGAAAAUUGAUCACUCUUUGUGAUCAAAAAGGUGAAUUUAAAUGCGAUGGAGUUUGGAAUAAGGAUCAAUGUAUGUAUGAAGGAAAACACAGGAUUAAUCCUUAUCGAUCUAAAGAAGAAGUAAUACUUUUCUCUACUUGGAAUCUUGACCACAGAAUUGAACGGUCCAGAACUUUGGUACCACAGCUGUUGGAAUUAUCACAAGAAGAAACUUUGAGUGAAAAAGAUGUUGUCAACAUUUAUGAAAACCUAUUCACAGUUAAAAAUUUAAGGCUCGUGCAUAUUGUGUGUCACGAUAAAGGUGCGCACAAAUAAUUAUAUCGGAAAAAACGUAAAUUUUACUGGAAACGAGAGACCUGAAGAUAUGAUAUAAAUAAUCAAAAAUUAUCAUUUAAUUUGGCAGGAAUAGAUCUCAGUUGUAGUUUUUCUAGAAUUUGAUAGAAGUGGGUAGCACUUAUACCCUGAAUUAUAUAUAUUAGGCAUUAGGGUAGUCCAAAGUAUUUUUUUCUCUCGAAUUUUUCGGCAUAUCUCCCCAAAAUUGGUUUAAAUUCGGAAAAGCAUAGUGUGUUUAUUAUUAUUAUUUUUCAAAAAAAUAUAUUUAGAGAAUUCUUAAAGGAAAUUGAAAAAAAAAUUAAAUUUAAAAAAGUCAAAUUAUGUAACGAAAUUGCACAACAAGGCUUAAAAAGAAGUUCGUAUGAAUCGAGUUGAAACUCAAGAUUUUUCUUCAAAUGUAUCCAUAGAAAAGGAGUCGAAAAUUUCUUUUGAAAUAUCACCCAAGUUUGUUAUACAGGGUUAAAAAUACACUUAUAAGUGAAAAAUUGGGCUUUUCGGGUUUUUGGCGCUAAUUAUGACUUUUGCCAUUCUUAAAAUAACAAUUUUUUCUAAGACAUCAAGUACUACUCAAUAUUGAUAAUUAUAUGUUUAAAUAAAUAGUUUAAAGCAAUUUUCGAUUAGAAUAGAGUUAGAAAGUCGUGGUUUUAGGAAUUUUUCAACUUGAUAACUUUUCAGUUAAAUCGAGGGAAAAUUAAUGUAAACAGAAAUAACACCAAGACAAAAAAAAUAAAUUGAACAGAAAUAAUGGUUUAAACCAAUUUUCAUUAUUUAGUACAAUAUUCUCUUAGAAUAAUUCUAGAAAGUUGCAGUUUUUUAAACAAAAUUUUACACUUUUUAUCUACUUUUUGAUUAAAGUAGGGUAAGAAUUAAUCCAAAUUAACAAAAAUAACAAAUAAAUAAAUAAUUAUAACUAAUAAAUAAUAAUUAGUAUUAUCUUCUUUGAAGAAUGCACUUGUGAGUUUUUUGUGGCGCUCUAUAAAAUAGACUUAUGUGGAUGAUGUUUAAAAAGUAAUCAUUCACUUGUAUUCUAUAGCUGUUUUUAAAGAUAAAUGUUAAGUUUCAACUCAAUCACCUAAUAUUGACGAUCCUGAAUUAUAUUGACAAAAACAUUUUUUUCUCCUAUAAUACGUGUUAAACUUCAUGGGGUUUGCGGAACCUCUAAAUAUCAUUUUUUAGAACAAUUAUUUCUUUGUGGGUUCGAACAAAUUUGGGAUCGAUAUGCAUGGAAAUUCGACCGAAAAAAAAAUUUCCAAUGAAUUUUUGGACCACCUUGAUGUACAUAAAAUUACACAUAGAGCACAUAACAAAAUACGUAAAGCAUGUCCAAAAAUGAUUAAGAAAGCUAAGAAAAUCAAAUAGUAAAAAUGUAAGUGAGAGAUGAAGUUGAAUCAAAUUAAUUUAAUUUAAAUUUGUAUGGACAAUGGUUUAUGUAUAAGCCUAUUGCUUUUAAUUUUUUUUCAAAGUAAAACCAAGGAAUAUGCUCGACUCGACACCUUCUGGUGGUUGCUUUCUUAUCAAAAAUAAAAAUGAUGAUCGAAUGUAUAAUUUUACAUUUUAAUGUAGCAGGGUAAAGUUUAGUGAUGCCACCCGAGCGACAUUUUUCGAUACUGAGACGAUAGCGAUACGAUACCUUCCAGUCUCGGAUUUGUAUCGAUCGGUUUUGUGUCGUAUCGGAAAAAUAUCGAAAAGUGUUGUCUCGUAUCGGUAUCUUAUCGAAGUAAUUUUAAAGCACUCACUGAAAUAGUUAUUGGUUUCAUUCAAAGAAACUGAAACUUGUUUCAAUUCAAUUUUCAAAUGAAAUCUUUUACAUGGACAGAUAAAACUUUGUUUACUUUAAACGAAAGUUUUUUUAAAAUAAGUUUUCCUACUUUUUAUUUGUUGAUCAAGAGGCACAAAGAUAUUCCUCAACUUCUAUUUUACACAAAUCCCGUUUUAUGUUUAAUGUUAGCUUAUUUAUUUAUCUUAUAAUUAGUGGAAGUUUAAGAGUUAUUUAGAAAUUUUUUAAUUAUUUAAGAAUAAUUUAAAUCUUAAAAAUAUCGCAAUAAAAUUUACAUAAAAAGUACAUUUUUAAAGAUAGCGAGCAACACAUUCAGAAGCUUUUCAAGCUUUUUGAAAGGUUUCAAGAAAAUGAUCAAAUUUCUUCAGUUUCAUAGAAAAAUUUUAUUAAUAAUUUUUUUAAAUUUGGAAAACAAUGAUUUUUAAUAU